AUGCAGUACAGGGCGGCGUUGCGCGGAUGCGCGGAGCGCUUCAGACUGGAGCGCGUGCAUACGGACAUGUUUCGCUCCCUGCCCUCGGCGGCCCUGCGGGCGGCCUUCGUCGGGGCGCGGCCCGCGGCGGGCGCGGCGGGCGCGGCGGAGACCCCGCCGCGCGCUCGCCUCCGUCGCCCGGGGGACGGGCAGUCAGCGGAGGACGCUGGCCGCGAGCCGCCGCCGGGCCGCAGGCCGCCCUCGGCAUCGCCCGCCCGGCGCCACGUCCACUCGCCGCCCGAGGACAUCGCCGUCGAGCCGCCAGGUGACAGACGCAAUUGCAAUGUUUCAUUCUCCCUGUCUUCCGACUCCGUCGGCGACGGCGGCGAGCCGCUUGCGGCCGCGCAUUACAGCGACGAGACCAUCCACCACGACAGCGGCGAGCCGCCCGUGGCCGCACACACCGCGACGCUGUUCCUCUCCGCCGGCUCCAGCGACGACACCCUGCAGCAGCUCACUGGCGACUCCGUGCACUCGGACCACCCCUCCGCGACGCCCACCGCCGUGGAGGCCUCAUGCGCUGGACCCAAACAUCAAUCGAUUUGGUCUUUUCAGGGCGCGGGCCCGAUCCCGCCCCCGUGGGCAGUUUCUCGUCCCAGAUUAAUGUUUGAUGGUCCAGCGGGCUCAUAGGGGCCCAACAUGGAGGCAGGCAUUGACGAAAAGCGCCC